ACCGGACCACUACGCUAUCACUGGACUUGACAAUGGCGGAGACUCUGAACGUGGCGGUGAUCGGAGCCGGCGUGGCGGGGCUAUCGGCGGCCCGACAACUCAAGAGGAACGGUCAUCGCGUUGUCGUCUACGAGAAAUCCGACCGCCUAGGCGGGAUAUGGGUUUACGAUCCCCGCGUCGAGUCCGAUCCAUUGGGCCGUGAUCCGAACCGGGAAGUGAUUCACGCCAGCCUCUACAAAUCUCUCCGGACCAAUCUGCCCGUACAUUUAAUGGGAUUUUCCGACUACCCAUUCCGCGUCACCAACAACGGCCACCUCUCCAACUUUCCCGGCCACGCCGAGGUGCUUAAGUUCCUCACCGAGUUCGCCGCCGAGUUUGAACUCGCUGAGCUCAUCCGGUUCAACACAGAGGUUAUUCGAGUUGAGCAGGUUGACGGAAGCAGGAAUGGGGAGAAGUGGGUCGUUGAGUCAAGAAGAACGAGUCAACUGAGUUCAGAGGAAGAAGUGUUUGAUGCUGUUGUGGUUUGUAUUGGCCAUUAUACUCAACCUAGAUUAGCAGAGUUUCCAGGCAUUGAAAAAUGGCCUGGGAAACAAAUUCAUAGUCACAACUACAGAGAUUCAGAGCCAUACAAGAAUCUUGUUGUGGUUUUGAUUGGACAUUCAGCUAGUGCCCAUGAUAUCUCCAGAGAGAUAGCCCUUGUAGCAAAAGAAGUUCAUCUUUCAUCAAGAUCUAAGGAUGUUAAACUGUCCAAAGUUGAUGGUUAUCAAAACAUGUGGCAGCAUUCUAAGAUUGACCAUGUUGAUGAAACUGGGGAAGUGGUUUUUGAAGAUGGAGAGUCCAUUCAUGCAGAUGCCAUUCUUCAUUGUACAGGGUUCAAAUAUGAAUUCCCUUUCCUGAACACAAAUGGGGUUGUAAAUGUAGAUGACAACCGCGUUGGACCGUUGUACAAGCAUGUCUUUCCUCCCGAGCUUGCGCCUAGGCUCUCGUUUAUUGGAAUACCUUACCGGGUUAUCGUGUUUCGAAUGCUGGAGUUGCAAGCUAAAUGGAUAGCUCAAGUUCUGUCUGGCAAUGCCCUUCUUCCUUCAAGGGAGGAGAUGUUGGCUGAUGUUGAAGCACAUUAUAGGCAAAUGGAGGAGAAUGGAAUCCCCAAGCACCACACUCAUUGGCUUUAUAACUAUGAGAUGGAGUACCUGGACUUCCUUGCAGCCCAAGCUGGAGUGCCACCAGUUGAUCCUGAGCUGAAACAGAUGUUUUACAACCUUUUCAAGUUUGCCUAUAAACAUGGAUUUAGUUCUGCAUCAAGGGAUCUGUGGGAUGAAAAUUGGAGACCAGAAGAAUAAAUAGCCUUAUGUAUAGACACUUAACUUGGUCAUAUAUGUGCCUUCAUAAGCGAUUCACGAUAUCUAUUAUAGAGUCAUACAUAAACGAUUCACAAUAUUUGUUGUAAAGACUCUUACACCUACAAUUACAAGCCUGCGCCUACUAUAA